AUGAUCGAGUGGGCGACCACGGCGCUCGCGGUUACGUGGUUGGCGUACCGGCUUGUCCGGCUUCUCUGGGGUCCCCUCGACCCCCACCAGCUCGGGCUCCACCUCCCGCCCGUCCCCGUGGUCGUGAUCGACGUCAUCGGCCCCACGGGCGUCGUCCUCCACUGGGAGGUGGCGCCGGGCGACUUCUACUACGUGGUGAUGCUCGACGGCCAGGAGGUCGCUAAAGUCGCGGGCAAGACCCAGUGCCGCUUGAACAACCUCCCCGCCCACCAGGUGGUGUGCAUCGAGGUGGUGGCGGUGAACCUGAUCUCCCAGUUCCGGCUGAAGCUGGUCCCCGUGUACGUGGAGCCCCUGGUCGACGAGGCGCACAUCGACCGCGCCAUCGCGCUGGCGGCGCUGUCGCAGGCGCUCCCGCUCGCGGCGCUGCUGGAGAUGGCGCUGGUGCCGCCGUCGCAGACGGAACACAUCAAGCUGAUCACCGAGGCCGGCGCCCUCCAGCGCCAGUUGGACCAGUCCCAGGGAGAGCUCACUAAGCUCGCCGCCGAACUUGAAGCAGUGCACAAACAGCUGGCGGCGGAGAUGGCCGACCUCGAGCAGACGCUCCAAAAGUACAAGGCGCAAGUGGAAGAAGAGAACGACAUCAAGAUGAAAAAAGACAUGGACAUCAAGCUGUUGGAGAAGCGCAAGAACGAGUUGCUGUUUGCCAAGUCCAAGCUCAAAUUCCAGCUCACCCAGAUCCAUAAUACGAUGAGACUUCACGAGAAGAAAGUGAGCGACGUCAAGGACCGCGCCGAGAAGAUGCGCAAGCUGACGGCGCAGCUCUUGGGCCACGAGGCCAACGAGCAGCGCAAGCUCAACGACCAGCGCCAGCUGCUCCAGCAGGACAUCGACAAGACGAAACAGGCGAUCGAGGCCGCCGACGCCCACAUUAAACAAUUGAACGCCGACAAGCGGGCGGCGACGCAGCAGGCGGCCCACCUCCGCAAGCUGGUCGAGCAGAACGACUGGGGCGCCGUCACCGCCGCCGACGACGACCUCGCGCUGCACUGGGCGCAGCUAGCGCACGAGGAGGACAAGUGGCGCCGCAUCUACCGCCAGGAAGUCAAGAAGUACGUCGCCAUCCACCAGCUGUUGGAGAUGGCACGCCACGCCCGCAACCCGGCCUACACCCCGCAGCGGGUGUCGGAGUACUCCGCCAGCGUCGAGUUUGGCGACGCGCUCCCCAAGAAACGUUACACUCGGCCUCAGCUGCCCGACGUCACUAGCGACCGUCUGGCGCCGCCAGCGCAGCCGUCAGUGGCAGCGCCGCAGCCGUCAUUCCACAACCACUACGAGUGGGUCUAUGCCCCUGAGAACGUACUGCCGGCGCCGCCGCUGGCGCCGCUGGCGCCCGAGAUCACUUUCGGCGCCGACAUGGCGCCGAUGGCCACCCACGGACGCCUGGUAUCGGCUACACAAACAAUGAUGCCCCUCGCGCCGGCGAUGUCGAUGGGCCUGACGAUGGCGCCAGUAGCGCCGGUGGCGACGGCGGCAACCCCAAUGUUCUCGCCCCCGCUCGCCCAACCGGUGCCCGAGGCGGCGGACCCGAUCCAUUUGGACCCCGACCUUCUCAGUCUCCAGUACCAGCCGGCGAUUGCCACCAAUGGCAGCGCCCCGCUCUACCUGCAACUCGACUACCACUCGUUGCUCUACGGGUACGCGCUGCCGCACCUCGCCAACCCGGCGCUCUCGCCGCCGGCGCUGGUGUCGCUGACGCCGGUGCCGCCGUUGUGGAACGACCUGGCGCUCAACUUGCUGCUGCUGGUGGGCUCAAACCUGAACAUCUGGGCGCUGGACGACGCCAGGGGCAACAACCACGGGCGCACGUUGUCGCUGUCGUUGUGGAAACACGACAUCCGUCUGGAGUUCUCGCCGUUCGGGCCCGAGGAGCUGGAGGAGAAAAACGUGGCAUAG